AGAUACAGUUGAAUUAAUCGAGGUUUUUUGGAUCGGUGAAUUGAGAUGGGGUCGGACGAGAUCGAUAGCUUGGAGAAGGGUUUGCUGCCGGGGAAUGAAGAAGAGGCGGUGCUCUAUGCGGCGUCGUUUCGGGAGAUGGAGGAGAGUUUCGUGAAGUACCAAACAGCGCAGUGGGUGCUGUACUCGGCGCUGUUGAUAUUGGCGUGGGGGAUUGGGUUCUUUAUGUUGCUGUAUCUUCCGGUCCGGCGGUUUAUUCUAAGGAAGGAUAUCCGGUCUAGGAAGCUGUAUUUGACUUCCAAUGCCAUUGUCUAUAAGGUUACGAGGCCGGUUCCGAUUCCGUUUUUUGGGGUGUUGAAGAAGGAGAAGCAUGUUUUGUUGGCUUCGGUGGCUGAUGUUGUGAUCGAGCAAGGAUAUCUGCAGUCUCUCUUUGGUGUAUACUCACUUAGAAUAGAGCAUGCUGGUGUCAGAAGGCCUCCAAGUGAUGAUGUUCAAAUCCAUGGCAUUGCAAAUCCAAGUGCUUUUAGGAAGGCUGUCCUAAUGCGCCUUUCAAGCAUGACGAAUGAGGUUUUCUCUAGACAAGUUUCAACAAUGGAAGAUGUUCCAAAUUUGAGGCUUCAGAUGUCCCCAUCAAAAUCUGUAAGGCAUGAUUCAUUUUCAUACCCAGGGGAGCUAACACUAUUGCAGAAACUUGAGGAAGUUGGAAGUUCCGUAAAGAGGGUCCAAAGUUUAAUUGAGGAGCAACACUCUCAAACAGCAGAGCGUAUAGAUUGAAGGAAGUUGCAAAUACAAAGGGAGUAUAACUCUUCUAGUUCGUGCCUUGCCCUUGCUAUUUGAUGGACGUUUGUCUCAUCUAAUGAUCCCGAACUGCAUUCUUUUACAGCUCACUAACAGGCCAUGUUUGUUGGUCACUUUGGUUUCUCUAUCAUUUGCAAAUGUAGAAAUUGACCCAUGUAAAAUAAAUUUGAUGAUUCCCUUCUGUUAUUUUCAUGAAAAAAUUACUCUGCUGCUACAUUAUCUGGAAAUCGUCAUUCAGGUACAAGCAUUACAAUUGCAUUAUUGAACUCUUAGCAAUUUAAGAGGAAGGAAAAAAAGGUAUUCGAAGCCGCUCAUUGUAUGCAUGGAUAGAUUAAAGUAUGAGCUCAUGAGAUUAACAUGAUUUGACUUGUAAAUGUCCAAUGCAUGUUCUUGGUU